CGUGCGUGUGCGUGCGUUGCGUGCACUCUUUGUGCCGCGCCGGUAGGGAUACACGGUGUGGUCUCUCGCGGUUUGUUUCCUCACAUCAUCGCCCGAUGUCUCUUACCGCGAUCUGUGUCUCUUCUUCGAAUGCGAUUUUUACGUUUUCGUCAUCUGAUUCUCGCAGAGACACUGUGCGCGAGUCGCGCGAACAUAAAUAAUAAAAAAGUGGAGCGCAUUUUGUUUACACAUUUUAAUUAAUGACCAAUACGGCAUAGUAAUUACGAAUUCUCGAGUUUACAAACAUCGAGAGCAAAACAUGCGUGAUAGUGCGAUAUCUCGAAGAAUAUUCCGCAACAUUCUUCGCAAAAUGUGUUUGAAAGCAAAAUUCUUUUCCAAGUAAAAAAUCAUUUGUUAUUGUUAUUCGAUGCGAGAGAAAAUGUUGGAAUAGUUUCAAGCAAAUUCCGUGGGGAUGUGUCACGAGUUUUACGUGCGUGCGUGCGUGCGUACUAUGAAAAUGAGGAGACGGUAUUCACUGAGCCGUGAUGCGUUGGAGGUUUGUCAGUCGUUGCCUGAAGAUCGACUUGAAGUCAGUGUUGCAGAAGCAGUUUGUGUGACAAAACGUAAAAAGUAAAGAGAGUGUGUAGAAACAGUGUUACCAAUUGGACUAGAAGAGACACCUCCCCUGCGAGUGUCUUUGUUCAGAUAGAAAUUUUGUAUUCUUCCGAUUGCUGAAAGGGGAGGGUAAAUAAUUUUGCUUUGUAGUGACACUGAGAGCACACAGUGAAAACAAUAAAAAUAGGGGGGGCGGUCUGCUGACCGAUGGACAAACGGAAGAUGAUGGCAAAACGCCCACGUAUGGAAAACCUGAGAGGUCCGAUUGCCAAUGGACCAAUUCAGACGCGGCCGUUAGUCGCGUUGCUUGACGGCCGUGACUGUUCAAUUGAAAUGCCUAUUCUUAAGGACGUUGCUACCGUUGCCUUUUGCGAUGCACAGUCUACUUCAGAAAUACAUGAAAAGGUAUUAAAUGAAGCUGUAGGUGCGUUGAUGUGGCAUACAAUAAUUUUGACGAAAGAAGACCUGGAGAAAUUCAAGACACUGCGGAUCAUUGUCCGGAUCGGUUCUGGUGUAGAUAACAUCGACGUAAAGGCAGCUGGCGAACUCGGUAUCGCGGUAUGCAAUGUGCCUGGAUAUGGUGUUGAGGAGGUGGCCGAUACCACUCUCUGUCUAAUUCUAAAUCUGUAUCGACGCACUUAUUGGCUCGCUAAUAUGGUGCGUGAAGGCAAGAAGUUUACAGGACCAGAACAGGUAAGAGAAGCAGCGACCGGGUGCGCAAGGAUACGCGGUGACACGUUAGGAAUUGUGGGAUUAGGCAGAAUUGGUUCCGCAGUUGCGCUGCGUGCCAAAGCCUUCGGCUUCACUGUAAUCUUUUAUGAUCCCUAUUUGCCAGACGGCAUCGAAAAGUCAUUAGGUCUCACAAGGGUCUACACAUUACAGGACUUGCUAUUCCAAUCAGACUGUGUAUCUCUACACUGUACCUUGAACGAACACAAUCAUCAUCUAAUAAAUGAAUAUACCAUCAAACAGAUGAGACCGGGAGCAUUUUUAGUUAAUACCGCUCGAGGUGGUCUGGUGGACGAUGACGCGCUUGCUGCGGCACUCAAACAGGGUAGGAUUCGUGCAGCGGCGCUAGAUGUCCACGAAAAUGAGCCAUACAACGUCUUUCAGGGUCCAUUGAAAGAUGCGCCCAAUCUGUUAUGCACCCCACAUGCCGCCUUCUACAGCGACGCAAGUUGUACCGAGCUGCGUGAGAUGGCGGCGAGCGAGAUACGGCGGGCGAUCGUCGGUCGCAUACCCGACUGCCUGCGCAACUGUGUGAACAAGGAAUACUUCCUUUCCUCGACCGGAUUGAGUCGUCUUACCAACAACGCGGAAGUAAUUACUGUUACUUCUUCCAAUGAUGGGAAUAAUCAUGAUGCCGAAAGAUUGGAAUACGAAAGCUCCGUAAAAUCUGUCCACUCCGCUUCUUCCGAGAAAUUUUAAGGAGAGUCUGUACUCUUGAGAAAGAAUGGCGAAGAUAAAUGCAGACAAGUUAAAGUGUGAAUGGAACUAAUGACAAGUUUGAUGAUGAUUGAAUACACUAGUAAAAAAAAUAAGACUUACACAUUACGUUGCGCAUGACUUCUACCAAUUGUUAAACAGGUACGUACCGAAAACUGAUACACAGGUUUAUUUGUACCUAAAUAACGAGUUUGUCAAUCGGCAAAUUGUGAUUAGUGUUUUACAGAAAUUAGUGUAUUGUAUUAUUAUAAAGAUAAUAAAAAAACUGUUUUGGGCAAAAUGCUUUCACUAUACAUUCUCGAUGUUCGGCGAAUAUAAAGUUAAGUACUAUCAUAAAGUCAUAUAAAGCCAGUGUGAAUUAUUUCACCCUAUGUUGAUUAAUGUAUUGAACAAAACAAAAAUCUAUUGUUAAUUUUUUUUUCUUAUCUCAUAUAGAAAUGAUUAGUUAUUAGUAUAUAUUCUCCAGAGCUUGAUUUCUUGAGAUUUUCAUUGGACUCUGCUAAUUAAAGUUUAAAUAUAUUUCUGGCGUUAAAUAUUGUUUAAUUUUAAUUCAAAGAACUAAGAAUUUUUAAUUGCCUUUGAUACUCUUCCGCUCACACAUGGCAAUGGCUAAUAUAAAACAAAUUAGAAAAACAUUACAAAAGAUAUUUUAUUAGAUUAGAUUUAUUAUUAUUUUGUUAGAAUGUAGGAGCGAAGACUGUUAAAAGCAAUGAGAUCUGGAUAGCUCAAUAGUUCGAGCAUUUCGCCUGGAGCAUAAUCGCCUGGAAAGCGAAAGAUUCGGAUCAAAAUUCAAUGUGCAACGAGCUUCUGUUUGCACAAAGUCGUACCAAACUAGUGUAUUCAAUUUCCUUAAAAAGGAAAGAAAGUGUGAAAGAGAUAAGAGAGAAUGAUCGAUACAGAAUGAAUGAAUGAGAGAGGGAGGGUGAGAGGGAGAGAGAGAGAGAGAAAGAGGAUGAAAGUUGUAGGUAUCAUAAUUGAGUAUGUGCGUGAGUUUGCGUUUAACGUUCUUGCAUUUUUAGAAGUUCACAUUAGAAUGCAUUUUUGAUAUAAUUUGUCGCAAUCAAACCAAAUACAGUUAGGCAGAAUUAAUGACAACAGUUUAACAACUCAGUUUCUUUUACGAUCUUCCAAUUCAAGGUGUAAUUGUAAAUGUAAAAGGUCUGUUCAAUUUAGCCGUACUCUCUCUCGCACUCUCUUCUUGCAAGAAACGAAUACUUGAAUCUUUUUACAUUAAAGAAAAAAUUUUUUCGCAAUAUACACACACAUACAUACACACACACACACACACACACGUACAAACAAUUGUACUUAUAGAAAAAAAAUAUUAAAUGAGAUUUAUGUAAUGAAACGAUCGUUGGAAGUAAUAUUAGAAUUGGAGGGUUUAUGCAAGCAUAGAUACGCAUGUUCGUGCGCAGUACGAAAAUAAAUUAAUGCGAAUCAAGUGCGAACAAAAUCAGAAAACAUAUCAAUCUUACUGUAUUUUUUGUAAGGUAAUACACAUUAACUAAGGGUAAAGUUUGAAAGAAAGAAUAAUCAAAUAUAAUUUACAAAAUCACGACACAUGACACAUUUUGUUUUUGAUUUAAGAAUUGGCGAAUUCCGCGCUUGCAGUGCGCAGAAAUAUUCAGAAACAAACUAACGACCAAUCGUAAAAAUUCGGUAAAAAUAUCGAUUGGCACGCACAGUUCCAAAUUGACGAUCCAAAGAAAGUAUUAUACACUGCUUUCGGUUUAGAAAACAAUCAACACAUUUGACACAAAUCGCCACGUGUCUUUUUCCAUUUAUAAUUGUGAUAAUCGACACUCUUUGAUUCUUCUUGGGAGGAGAGUCAAACUCGAAUGUGUUAAUCGAGUUUGUCGAUUUGUCUUUUAAAAAGAAAGCAGCCAUAUAUAAUAACAUUUCAUCGAUAAGUUUUGAAAUUUGAAGUUAGAAACGUGUUUAUCGACAGACACACUCUGAUUUUUUUUUUUCUCCAAUGAAUAGACAGCAAAUUGUUUCGAUUGUUCUUGAA